CCCUUCUAACUCAUACUACCUUCAACUUAUACCAAACUAUAACCCACUCAACACCUUCUCAUACCAGUAACCAUUUUUUGCUGUUGAAGAGAAGAGCAAUGGCUAUUUUAAUGGUGAUUGUUUUUUUAAUUAUAUUUUUGCUCUGCCUCUCCUCUGCUUUGUUGAGAUGGAAUGAGGUUAAGUACAUGAAGAAAGGUCUGCCUCCUGGUACUAUGGGUUGGCCAGUUUUUGGUGAAACCACUGAGUUUCUUAAACAAGGUCCUAAUUUUAUGAAAAACCAAAGAGCAAGGUAUGGUAAUUUUUUCAAAUCCCACAUACUUGGGUGUCCUACAAUAGUGUCAAUGGAUCCAGAAGUGAAUAGAUUCAUACUAAUGAAUGAGGCAAAAGGGCUUGUAGCUGGCUAUCCACAGUCCAUGUUGGACAUACUAGGGAAAUGUAAUAUUGCAGCGGUUCAUGGCUCCACCCAUAAGUACAUGAGAGGUGCACUAUUGAACCUCAUUAGCCCCACUAUGAUCAGACAUCAACUUUUGCCAACAAUUGAUGUCUUCAUCAGAUCCCACCUCAGCAAUUGGCAUGGCCAAAUUAUUGACAUUCAACACAAAACCAAAGAGAUGGCACUUCUCUCUUCACUUAAACAAGUUGCUGGUGCUGAUUCUGCCUCAUUCUCUCAAGCAUUCAUGCCUGAGUUUGUCAAGCUUGUUUUAGGCACUUUGUCACUUCCAAUUGAUCUCCCCGGCACCAAUUAUCGUCGCGGAUUUCAAGCUAGGAAGAAUAUUGUGAGCUUAUUGAGACAAGUAAUGGAAAAUAGAAGAAAAUCAAAUGAAAUAUAUGAAGACAUGCUGGGUUGCCUCAUGAAAACUGAAGAUAAUAGACAUAAGCUUAGUGAUGAUGAGAUAAUUGAUCAAAUUAUUACAGUUUUAUACUCUGGUUAUGAAACUGUUUCUACUACUUCAAUGAUGUCACUCAAAUAUUUGCAUGAUCACCCUCAAUUUCUUGAAGAAUUAAGAAAGGAGCAUUUAGCAAUUAGAGAAAAGAAAAAACCAGAGGAUCCGAUUAAUUUCGAUGACCUUAAAACGAUGCGUUUUACUCGUGCGGUGAUCUUUGAGACUUCAAGAUUAGCAACAAUAGUUAAUGGGGUGUUGAGGAAAACUACUAAAGAAAUGGAAAUAAAUGGAUUUGUGAUUCCUGAAGGAUGGAGAAUUUAUGUUUACACUAGGGAGAUAAAUUAUGAUCCCUACUUGUAUCCAGAUCCAUUUACUUUCAACCCAUGGAGAUGGAUGGACAAAAGUUUGGAAUCUCAAAACUAUCUCUUCAUUUUUGGAGGAGGUACCAGGCAUUGUCCUGGAAAGGAACUAGGAAUUGCAGAAAUUUCAGUAUUUCUUCACUAUUUUGUAACUAGAUACAGAUGGGAAGAAGUUGGAGGGGACACUCUGAUGAAAUUUCCAAGAGUUGAAGCUCCAAAUGGAUAUCAUCUUAGGGUUUCAUCUUACAAUUAAGUCCAACCUUUGAAUGUACAUAAGAGAGAUUUAUACACAUGUUAAAAAUAAGAGAUAAAAGAUGUACAGUGAUCUUCUAACAUAAUUGAAAGUGAGUCAUCACCACAUUUAGCUCCUCCA